ACCAAACAGACUGUCAAUCGGCGCACACUCUUGCUCUUGACAAGUGCCCGUGGCUGUAGUGCUCAGACAUGGACUUAGCCUUCGUACCCCUGGUUAGCAUGCACCCGGUUGUGGCAGGCGUUUUGCUUGUUGUCGUGUCAACCUUCGUAUAUGGCUUCUAUAAUGCUUUCCUGCAUCCUCUUCGGAAGUACCCCGGUCCACUGCUUUGGCGGAGCUUCCGCUUUCCUUAUGUCGUCUCCACCCAACGCGGAGAGAUACAUAGGUGCUUCACCGAGUUCCAUGCCAAGUAUGGACCAGUCGUGCGUGUAGCACCAAAUGAGCUGUCCUAUGCCGAUAGCCGGUCGUUGAAAGAUAUCUACACGAAUCGACCAGGACACCAGCCCUUUGAGCGAAACCGCACCACUUUUAAGAAGAUGUCGCCCGAAGAACCAAACACAAUCAUGCACUGGCACGAAGAAGACCACGCGAGGUACCGGCGCGCUUUCGCAAACGCCUUCUCUGAGAAAGCCCUGAAAGACCAGGCCCCAGUCAUAGAAGAGCAUGUCAACCUGUUCAUGGCGCAGAUGAAGAAGCGCAAAACUGUAGACCUUACACAGUGGCUCAAUUUCGUCACUUUCGACAUUUCCGGUGACCUUACCUAUGGCGAAUCUUGGGGCUGUGUCGAGAAGGGAAAAGCACAUCCAUGGGUCGAAAUCGCGCAGGAUUUUGGCAAGGGCCUUGCGCUGAUCGGAUCCGUCAACCGUUAUCCACCCAUUGACAAGAUCCUGCGCUACAUCAUCCCCAAACGAAUCCUCCAGAGAAGUAUGGACCACCGCAAAAUGAGUAUCGAGCAGGCCAAGAAACGAAUUUCACUCAAUGUAGAACGGCCAGACUGGGUGACGCCAACGAAAAAGUAUAGUGACCAGAAAGAUCCCUUCACCGACAUGGAAUGGGGCUUGAAUUUGAUGGUCGUGGCUUUUGCCGGCAGUGAAACGACAGCCAGUGCAUUGACUGCUAUUAUGAGGAUGCUGGUACAAAACAAAGGAGCUCUUCAUCGCCUAACAAGUGAGAUUCGGGAAACUUUCCAAAACGAAAGCGACAUGACCAUCGCGACAACCGGGAAUCUGCCCUAUCUUAACGCAGUAAUCCAGGAGGGCAUGCGUGUCUGUCCACCAGUUGUGGUUGGAGUGCCCCGUGUCGUGCCCGCGAGCGGAGACAUGGUGGGCAAUCAGUGGGUUCCCGGCGGUACUUAUGUAACCUUCAACCAGUUCUCUGCCUUUCGCCAGUCUUAUAACUUUUCUAUGCCAAACUCCUUCAUUCCAGAGCGCUUUCUGACUACACCUCGGAAGGGUGACGACAUGGCUGUGUACCAGCCUUUUCAGAUUGGCAGACACAUGUGCAUCGGCAUGAAGCUCGCCAAUCAGGAGAUGCGGUUGAUACUUGCUAGGCUUCUGUGGAGUUUUGAUGUCACCUUGACGGAUGAAAAUGAUAGAUGGGACUGGGGUGACCAGAGCACGUAUAUCUUUUGGGACAAGAAGCCGUUGGAGGUUGUACUAAAGCAUGUGAACAAAGGACUGGGACAACAGUGGAUGUAGUGGAUGUCCGCCUUUAUCUCAAUAUCUCGCCGUCUGUUAUUGCUAGUCGCAUUACGAUGACCACAAAAAGGGCAAUGGCUCAUUCAAAUGUAUUGGUAGUUUCAUCAUCACAUUGUUACCUCAAUCGGGUUCAAGGCAUAACAUGUAGUCAC